AUGGGGCUUCCCCCCUUAAGUCCCACACUCUCUUGCUCAGCUCUUUGCAUCCUGACAAUCGUUUCGGUCUAUGGUUAUGGCAUUGGCGGGAAUGAGACAGACCGACUAGCUUUGCUUGAAUUCAAGGCCAAAAUAGUCGAUGACCCUUUCAUGGUUUUGAGCUCGUGGAAUGACACCACCCACUUCUGCUUGUGGCAUGGUGUUACAUGUGGUCGACGCCACCAGAGGGUCACGGAGUUGCGCCUGCGAUCUCAGAAACUCGUGGGAUCUAUAUCGCCUUUCAUUGGAAAUCUGAGCUUUCUAAGGUAUCUAUAUCUCCAAAAUAAUAGCUUCAGUCAUCAAAUCCCUCCAGAAAUAGGUCGUUUGCAUAGAUUGCUAGAACUAUACUUGAAUAAUAAUUCAUUUGGUGGGAGAAUUCCUGCCAAUGUAUCCGGUUGCUCUAACCUCAAAGUUAUCAGACUUAAUUUUAAUCAGCUGGCUGGGGAAAUUCCCAUUGAGGUUGGCUCCUUGUCAAAGCUCAAAGCGUUUGAUGUCUCCCACAACCUACUAACAGGAAGCAUCCCUCCAUCUCUUGGCAACUUAUCGUCACUUGAACGACUUUAUUUAUCCCUAAAUAAUAUAGGUGGGAGUAUCCCCGAUGCUCUGGGCCAACUGAUGAAUCUUACAGUUAUUGCACUUGGUGAAAAUCAAUUUUCUGGCACCAUCCCUCCAUCAAUCUUCAAUCUCUCUUCUAUUACAGUUCUUGAUGUGGCACGUAAUCAAAUCCAAGGGAGUCUUCCGUGGGACUUGGGGAUAACUCUUCCGAAUCUCCAAAUCUUCUUCGUUUCCCAUAACAAAUUUACUGCAGGCUCCAUUCCUCCUUCAAUAUCCAAUGCCUCAAAUCUGGAAAGACUUAAUUUUAAUGACAACAAAUUUACCCGAAACAUGCCUUCUUUCAAAAAGUUGCGUAGGCUUCAAUUUUUUAGCACUACCAAUAACCAUCUUGGAAGUGGGGGAGCUGACGACUUGAGUUUUCUCUGCUCUUUGACCAAUGCCACUAGCUUAGAGCUGUUGGCCAUAAACGCCAACAAUUUUGGUGGACUCUUGCCUGAAUGCAUCAGUAACUUGUCAUCUACUCUUCGAAUCUUGGACGUAAGUGAAAAUAAUAUAGUUGGAACGAUUCCGAGUGGGAUUGUGAAUCUCGUCAACUUAGAGACACUCAUCAUGUGGAAUAGCCAAUUCUCAGGCAACAUUCCCCUUGAAAUUGGAAAGCUUCAGAUGUUACAGGAAAUGGAUCUAUCAGAUAACAGUCUCUCAGGCAACAUCCCAUACUCUUUUGGAAAUCUAACUCUGUUACUCAAACUAUAUUUAUCGUACAAUAAUCUGCAGGGAAGCAUGCCUUCAAGUUUAGCCAAGUGCCAAUCUUUGAAUUCUUUAGAUCUUUCUAAUAAUAAUCUCAGUGGUACCAUACCCCCGCAGGUCGUUGGUCUCUCAUCCUUAUCAAUUUUUCUUGAUUUGUCGGCAAACCGUUUCACUGGUCCACUUCCAAUGGAAAUUGGAAAUCUAAAAAAUCUAGGUAGACUGAAUAUGUCAAAAAACAUGUUAUCUGGUGAAAUUCCAAGUAGUCUUGGCAGCUGUAUUAUGUUAGAGUUUCUAAACCUGGAAGAAAACUUCUUUGGAGGGACCAUUCCAUCAAGUUUUAGUUCUUUGAGAGGACUUCGAGAGUUGGAUCUUUCUCGAAACAAUUUGUCAGGAAAUAUUCCAUUCUUUUUUGUGGGUUUCAACUCUUUGGAUCUUUUGAAUCUAUCUUACAACAAUUUUGACGGUAUGGUGCCAACAGAAGGCGUUUUCAAGAAUUCAAGUGCAACUUCAGUUGUGGGAAAUAGUCAGUUGUGCGGGGGGAUCCCUAAGAUGCAGUUGCCUAAGUGCAACUUUGAAAAGUCCAACAAGACAAAAUUGACCUUGACCAUGAAAUUAGUUAUCUCCAUAGUUUACGGGCUUCUAGGAGUAAUUUUUGUACUUUCUUUUCUAUUUGUCUGUUGCUUAAGAAGGAAAAGAAAAGAACCCACUUCAAGUUCUUCAGGAAAUUUGCUUCUAAAUUUGUCGUACCAAAGUCUCCUACAAGCCACCGAUGGAUUCUCCUCGACAAAUUUGCUUGGUGUGGGUAGUUUCGGAUUUGUGUAUAAAGGAAUCAUCAAUGAGGGCAGAAUGACAAUCGCUGUCAAGGUACUCAAUCUUUCGCGACGUGGAGCUUCCAAGAGCUUUCUAACCGAGUGUGAGACCCUAAGAAACAUCAGGCAUCGAAAUCUUGUAAAGAUACUUACAAUUUGUUCAAGUGUUGAUUAUCAGGGUAAUGAUUUCAAGGCUCUAGUUUAUGAAUUCAUGGUCAAUGGUAGCCUUGCGGAUUGGUUGCAUCCGACUGCUACAGAGGAUAAGGCGCACCAGGAGCAGAGGAAUCUGAAUCUUUAUCAGAGAUUGAAUAUUGCCAUUGAUGUUGCGAGCGCAUUGGAAUAUCUCCAUUAUCAUUGCCAAACACCAAUCCUGCAUUGCGACCUCAAGCCGAGCAAUGUUCUUCUAGACGAUGAAAUGAUUGGACAUAUCGGAGACUUUGGGUUAGCGAGAUUCUCUCUCGAAGCUAACCAUAAUUCUUUAGGCAAUCAGUCGAGCUCUAUUGGCGUAAGAGGAACUAUUGGUUAUGUGGCUCUGGAGUAUGGUAUGGGAAAUGAGGUGUCCUCCUAUGGUGAUAUAUGUAGCUUUGGGAUCCUCCUAUUAGAAAUGUUUACUGGAAAAAGACCCACAGAUGACAUGUUCCAAGGCACUCUAAAUCUACAUACUUUUGUCCUACAAGCUUUGCCAGAACUUUUGGUCGAGAUUGCGGAUCCAAUUCUUUUUCAAGGAAGAGAAGAAGAGACAACCAUGAACAGAACUCAUAAUAACAACAUCAACACUAGAAGAAGCAAAAUCCAGGAGUGUUUGAUUUUGAUGUUUGGGAUUGGAGUUGCUUGUUCUGUUGAACAGGCAGAAGAACGGAUGAGCAUGAAAGAUGUUGUAACUGAGCUUCAUUUGGUCAGAAGAAAGCUUCUCAAAACUACAAGUGGACCCUAACA